AUUGCCAGAUGUUAUUUAAAGGAGAUAAUAGAAAUUAGAUUAAUGGUUUUGCAAUAUCGGUGUAGAUAUGAGUUGCAUUAAUUGUACAGAGCCAAUUACGGAUGGAACUACUUUGGUAUCAACAUGUGCAACUGGCAAUAUUUGGAUAUUUAUGUCAAUUUUGGAAUUUUUCAUUCGCAGACAGUGCGAUCUUGAAGAUCCAUGUGGACGAAUAACACCUCGUAAUGAACCCGAAAAAAGUUAUGAUUUCAUCGUUAUUGGCGCUGGAAGUGGAGGAGCGACAGUUGCUUCAAGAUUAUCAGAAGAAGAACAUUUUUCGGUAUUACUUUUAGAAGCAGGAUUAGAUGAGCAUGCUUGGAGUCAAGUACCAGCAUUAUUUCGAAGUAUUGUAAAUACAAAAUUAGAUUGGCAACAUGUCGGAGAUAUUGAGGAAACUGGUUGUCUUAAUUGGAAGGAAAAAAGAUGCGCCUGGCCUGGUGGAAAGGUCCUGGGUGGCUCGAGUGCUAUUAACGGAAUGAUGUACAUGAGAGGUUCCCAUAAGGACUUCAACGAUUGGGAGAAACUAGGAAACAAGGGUUGGUCCUACAAAGACGUUCUUCCUUUCUUUAAAAAAAGCGAGAACUAUUUGGAAAUGGAUAAAGUUGAUCCUGAAUAUCAUAGUGCAGGAGGACCACUAUCAGUGUCUCAAUUUAGUAAUCAACCUCCUUUGGGAUUCGAUAUUUUAAACGCUGCUAAGGAAUUAGGUUACGAUAUUGUUGAUUUAAACGGAAAGACACACACUGGAUGGACAAUUGCUCAAAGUACUUCAGGAAGGGGUUCACGGUUUUCAACAGCUCGAGCUUUCCUUCGACCAGCACGAAAUCGUCCUAAUCUACACAUCAUGAUUAACAGCACUGUGAGUAAAAUUAUUUUCGACAACACCAAGAAAGCCGUCGCUGUGGAGUUUUACAAAAAUGGAAAACUUUCGAAAGUUGGCGUCAAUAGAGAAGUUAUCAUCAGUGCAGGUGCAGUGAAUUCGCCACAGAUACUUUUAAACAGUGGGGUAGGUCCAAAGGAAGAAUUAGAGGCAGUAGAUGUUCCAGUAGUUCAUAAUCUUCCAGGUGUUGGUAAAAAUUUCCACGAACAUGUAACAUACCAAAUGGUAUAUUCAAUCAAUGAAAAGGACCUAAAUGUUUUGGAUAUUAAUUCCGCCCUGGAGUACUUAGUGACUAGAAAGGGUCCCUUAUCAUCAACAGGUCUUUGGCAAGUGACAGGAAUGAUAAAUACAAAAUAUGCCAAUCCUAAGGAGGAUCAUCCGGAUAUACAUGUUAUACUCGGAGGAUACACAGCAAUUUGUUCUCUAAAUGGAGUUAAUAAUAGCAGUGUGCCAUCAAGAAGAGAAAUUCUAGCACUCCCAAUGGUUCUACAUCCUAAAAGUAAGGGCUACGUUCGUUUGAGAAAUAAUAAUCCUCUAUCGAAACCACGUCUUACUGCUAAAUUUUUAUCUCAUCCUGAUGACGUUGCUGUUCUAAUUGAGGGAAUAAAAUUUGUCAUCAAGUUAACUGAAACAGAAGUUCUUAAAAAAUACGACUUUCAACUAAACAAGACGCCGGUGAAGAAUUGCGAACAUUUGGAAUUUGGAAGCGAUCUCUAUUGGGAGUGUGCUGUAAGACAUAAUACAGCUCCUGGUGCACAUUUAGCAGGAUCUUGUAAAAUGGGACCAAAUACGGAUCCAAUGGCAGUUGUUGAUGAAGAAUUAAGAGUAAAAGGGGUUCUUGGUGUCAGAGUAGCUGAUGCGAGUAUUAUGCCAUUGGUUACAUCCGGAAAUACAAAUGCUCCGACAAUUAUGAUUGGUGAAAGAGCUGCAGAUUUUAUAAGGAAGUCUUGGAAAUCUGAUGAUUUCAGUAAAUAGAAAUACAAUCCGUCAGUUCUAUUCAACAAACAAUAAUAUAGAAAAUUGUAUUUUCUUUGUUCGACUUUUUUGUGAAUUCACAUAAAACUGUAAAUCUAAAUAAAUUUCUUUUUACACUCCUUAUCAUAAUUUUCGUUCAUUUUUUUCAUAAAACCAAAU